AUGCGGAAGCUCCUGCUCAGCAGCUUCAGCCUGGGCGCUGCUGCCCUAACCAACAGCUCAGUCCCAUCAGAGAUUCCCGUCGCCACCCUGGCGGAUGGAGCGAGCUGUGCAUGCACCCAGCUGGCAGCAAAGUACGGCGCUUCCGUCAUUGGCCAAAAUUCGUCCGACUACGCCAUCGAGACCGUCUCUUACUGGGAUAUCCGUUCCGACCAGGAGCCUCAGUGCUUCUUCCAGCCUGCAGAUGCCUCUGAGGUGGCGGGUGCUGUGUCGACCAUCGUGUCCUGUGGCGCCCAGUUUGCUAUUCGAGGUGGAGGCCAUAUGAAUUUCCCAGGCUCCAACAACAUCAACGGCGGCGUGGUGCUCGCGCUCGACAACCUGACGGAGCUGGCGGUCGCGGCUGACAACUCGUCCAUUGCUGUGGGCCCCGGCAACCGAUGGGUCGAUGUGUAUUCGGCACUGGACCCAUACGGUCUGUACUGCAUUGGUGGCCGUCUCAAAACCAUUGGCGUUCCCGGCCUGAGUCUCAUUGGAGGAUUCCACUACCUCAUCAACACGUAUGGCAUGGUCAUGGACAACAUACUCAGCUACGACGUGGUCCUCGGCAACGGCACCCAGGUUGUUGCCAACGCUACGUCCAACCCGGAUUUGUUCUGGGCGCUCAAGGGCGGUGCCAACAACUUCGGCAUCGUGACCAAGUUUGUUAUCAAGACGCUUCCCAUUCCGUAUAUCAGCACCACCGUUCAGACCUACAACGAGUCUGCUGUUGUGGACUUCAUCGGAGCCACUGCCGAACUCGCUGAGAAUGAUGGCCCGGAUCUGGCUGCAGGAAGUGUCAUCAGCAUCAGCUACAACGCCACCACCAAGGCCGUCUCCCCUUCGCUCCUUGGUAUCCAAGAAGGAACCGAGUCGCCUCCCUCGCGCUUCGCCAACUUCUCUGCCAUCCCUGCAGUCUCUGUCUCGAACAACGUCUUGACUCCGCUCCAGUGGCACGAGAACUUGGAAACGCCUUUCCAGAUGUUCCGUAUCCAAUUCGCCUCUCACACGAUGAAAGCGAAUGCAACUCAACUGAAUCGCAUUUACGACGCAUGGAAGGCUGCUGUCGACGAGAUCAGCGACGUGGAGGGUCUUUACCCUACCUUUGUCAUGAACAUUCUCCCCAAGAGUGCCGCGUCUGUCGCAAAGAACAACGGCAUCGGAAAUGUCUGGGGUCUUGACGACGAUGAGUCCUGGAUCAUCUGGCAAUUCUCUACUGCCUGGGCCAACGAGGUCGACGACCUCCGCAUGACCAACUGGGUGCGCUCGCUGUCUGACUACUGGCACAUGGAAAACCAAGCGCUUGGUCUGGCGUCUGAGUUCCUCUACAUGGGUGACAGCGGCGAGUUCCAGGACCCGUUCCUGGGCUUCCCUAUCGAGAAUGUGCAGCGCAUGAAGGCGAUUCGCGAGGCUUACGAUCCCCUGGGCGUCUUCAGCCGCCUGAACUGGGGUGGAUUCAAGCUGGGUGCCAACUAG